AUGGCUCUUGCUGUUAUCACCUCGGCAAGGAAACUCAGACCCUAUUUCCAGUCGCAUACUAUCGAGGUCCUCUCCAACCAGCCCCUACGAACGGUAAUGGAAAACACCAAUCAAUCAGGAAGGUUGACCAAAUGGGCAGUAGAGCUGAGUGAACACGACAUCGUAUACAAGAAUCGAACAGCAGCUAAGUCGCAAGUUCUCGCUGAUUUCUUAAUCGAGCUGACACCAGAGUUAGAACAAGAUCUCACACUCCCUAGUCUGAAUUGGAUACUGCACGUAGACGGAUCAUCUACGAACAAAGGUUCCGGGGCAGGCGUACAGGUCCAGUCCCCAACAGGUGAGCUAAUCCGACAGUCGUUCAGUUUUGGCUUCGCCGCGUCCAACAGUGAAGCCGAAUACGAGUCCCUCAUUGCAGGCCUUCGUCUUGCAAAGGCAGUAAAGGAUAAACGAGUCAGCGCAUAUUGUGACUCCCAACUCGUGGUAAGUCAGUUUCUCAGAGAAUAUGAUGUCAAAAAUGAGAGGAUGGACGCCUACUUAACGCUCGUUAAAGAUCUUACGCAAGAUUUUGAGUUCUUUGAGAUCACAAAGGUUCCCCGCGGAGAGAACGUGUGUGCAGAUGCCCUCGCAGCCCUCGGAAGUAGACGACACGAUCAAGUGAAAAGGACAAUACCGAUACACAGGAUCGAGAAGUCAAGCAUCAGCUCGGAGACGGAACAACUCCCCGUAGUAGCAUAUAUUACUGACGACAUGGACAUCGAUGAAGAGGAAUCUCGCGCAACAGAGGAGCUACUCAACGACUGGCGAACAGAAUUCAUUGAGUACCUAUCCAACGGAGUGUUACCCACUGAGAAAUGGGAAGCACGACGACUCAAACGACGAAGUGCACAUUAUGUCGUUCUGGAUGGGGCGCUCCAUCGAUGGACCGCAACAAAGGUACUCCUUAGGUGUAUCUCUGGAGAUGAGACGAGACUAGUCAUGGCUGAAACACAUGAAGGGGCUGCAGGAAACCAUUCAGGAGGACGAGCUCUCGCUUUGAAGGUGAUAAGCCUGGGCUUCUACUGGCCAACUAUGAACGCAGACUGCGAAUCUUACGCCAAGAAAUGCGACAAGUGCCAACGACACGCCUCGACCAUCCAUAGUCCGACGGAGUUAUUGCAUAACUUAACGGCGCCAUACCCCUUCAUGUGA